CCUACGAAAGAAGACGAGCAGCGCAGUGUGCCUAUCACGCAAUGCAGAACAUUCCUGGAGUAGAGACAUGGUAUGCAAAACGAAUCCUCUACCAAACAAAGGUAGCGACAGUGGCCUUAUAUGCCUGCGAGAUGUGGAGCCCGAACAUGUCUCACACUGCAUGGGGACGUUUUGAGAACCAAACGAAGACUCUCAUCCAAAAGGAAUUCGGGGUUUGCAGGACCGUUCCUUACACGAUUAUGAUCUUGGAAGCCGGACUUCUUCCCUUCGAGAUCUCAGCAUGGAAACAGACUAUGCAAUAUCUCCUCAACACCUUCCUAAAAACGACGGACAAAUUGGCGCAGGCAGCUAUUGUAGACUCGGAUCAACUAGCCAAAACGCACUACCAUGGAUGGAACGAUGGAUCCAGACAGCCAUAGCAACAUGGCUUAAUCGAAGCGCUGGCACAAAACUAGCAAUCUACGCUACCUCACUUAACUCGACCCGCCAACUGGGACAGGAUUUAUAUCAGUACUGCAGACCCGGAACCAGGAAGAUGAUCGCUACCUAUCGAAUGGGAUUGCAUCGACUGCAUGUUUGCGCCUCCUUUUGCAAAGCAUUAGACGAACACGUACCUUAUUGUUGCCCUGCGGGCGUGUGUCGAAGAAACGGAAAAUCUGGUUGAUCACGCUCCAAUAUUGGGUAGCCGCUUUCAGGUAGGUGCUGAGGUAUAGUGUUUUGGACGCGUCCCCCAUGAAGAUUUCGAGGUUUUCGGUUUCCCAGUGGAGCUGUGGUAUCAGACGACGAAUGAAGUGAUAUGCCGGGCAGUUUAGCACGAAAUGUUGUAGGUCCUCGACUGGCAGAAAGGGCAUAGUCUUGCUUCCCUGGGCGUUAUUGGUUUAUGCCACCGUCCAACCU